AUGACCAAGAUGUGCCUCGAUACCUGCGAAGACAUGAGCGAUUCGCUUAUACCUGACUAUCUCAUGGAGCUCGACAAGGAGAGCAACUCAGAGUACCUGCGCAAUCUUGUACAUUUUUCCCCCCAAAAUGAAGAAGCAGAUACGAAGGAUCUUGACAAGCAGCAGGACGGAAAGCCCGAGGAGGAGGAGCUUGCGUCGGCUCCUGCCGCACGUGCGAUGAAGAAGCACGAGGCCGUGAGGCAUGAUCUCCGAGAACGCAGGACAGUACAAAGAUGGAAGAUGUACGUGAGCAGCUGCAACCCGAAGCGAGAGAUCUUCUGGGGGAGUCAGGAGGCGUUCAGCGAGGUUAGCCAGAAGGAGCUGCGAGAGUCAGAGAAAGUCUCAGAGAAGACGAAGAAGGCCAAUGAAUCAACGUCAUGCUCCCACAUGUCGUCAGGCCUCCCGUCAGACUUGUGGACGAUCGCGAGGUUCUUGAACGAGAUGAGAACAGCUUCUCUCCUGUUGGGCUUGACCUGCAAACUCUUCGACAAAAGCUGCUACUCCUCUAAGCUCCCGACCAAGGGUAGCAAGUCUCCUGCGCCCAGUCAACGCAAGAGAGCAGCUCAAUUCUCCUCAGAGGAGCAUCUGUCCUCAGAAAGGAACCUCGUCGCUCUCAUGGAGCAAAGCAAGGCCUUGCAAGAUCUGGUGCAGGAGAAUUCUUUAUCGGAUGGCAGCAUCCUCCGCUUGACAGGCUCAGGCAUGUCACAGCACGUGAGGAUUAUGCAGCGAGGGAGGAGCAUCGAGAUCGUGGGCGGAAUGACCCAGCCGUUCGUUAACUUGAAUCGUCUGUUACGGGAGGUCUUCCAUACAGAGUUGUCACCAUGUGUAGCUCUCACGAUGCUAGAGUACAAGAAUGCCAGCAGCAACCGGUGGCAGAAGGUGCUGGACAUACCCAAGAUUCGAAAGUCCUUGUCUUCGCAUCAGUACAACCUUCUCGUCCAAUCUGCUCAAUCGUUCAAGGUUGAGAAUGGAGGUUUUCGGUCCUAUCAUGAUGCUGCUGAACUUGUCCGAUCGUUGGAGCUCAAGGAUCGUCGACAGUGGACGUGCUGGGCUGAAUCGCCAGCUCGCCCCCUUAACAUCCCUUCAAGGCCUUGGGAGGUUUACCAAGACAGCUGGACUUCUCUCGGAGAGUUCCUGGGCGUCAAAGCUGCGCCGAGGAAGAGAAGGGUGCCCUGCGCACAUGAUGGCAGCAGGAGCAAGUUUCAAUGUGCAGACGGUAGAGUGAAGAAAUCCAGCAGCAAGAUGAUGCGCUCGAUACAAGGAGAUCUCCAGGAUUUUCACAGCAGUCUGGACCAGCUGUCUGUCGGGCUUGC